ACGGUGCGGAUUCAGCAGCGCGAGUGCGGCCUGCCUGGGAGCUGGAGCCCGGCUGCGGUCGACUCCCCGUCGUAUCUCUGCCGUGACCAACUGCACUGCCCCUUCGGCUUUUGCCGAAACCAUUUGAAGCAGCUCCCCCCCCCCUCCCACCACCACACACACCCCUCUUCCCCCCCCCACCCCCAUCCCCCCCCCACUCCCCCCCCCAUCCCCACCCCACCACACCAUGUACAACGGCAUCGGGCUCCCCACUCCACGGGGCAGCGGCACCAACGGCUACGUCCAGCGCAACCUGUCCUCCGUCCGGCACAAGAAGGACAGGGUGGAUUACAAGUCGGAGGAGGAGCUGAAGAAGCUGGAGUCGGGCCUGGUGAAGAAGCCGAACCAGGACAUCCUGGACCAUGAGCGCAAGCGCAAGGUGGAGCUCAAGUGCAUCGAGCUGGAAGACAUGAUGGAGGAGCAGGGGUAUUCAGAGGAGGAGAUUCAGCAGAAAGUGGCUACGUUUCGACAGAUGCUGGUGGAGAAGGAUGGGAGCCAGGGCAAGGAGGAACCGAAAGCACGGACAGCCGUCAGUGAGACCCACCAGCUGGCGGAGGCCAACGAGAGAAAGAACGAGCGGCUGCGAGCGGCGUUCGGGAUCAGCGACAGUUACGUGGACGGCAGCUCCUUCGACCCCAAGAGGCGGGCCCAGGAGGCGGCAGAGAAAGCUGACCAGCAGAAGCAGCACGGCACCGUCCGUGAGCAGGUCCGUUCCCGGUCGCCGUCCCCCAAGCGGAGAAAGAAGAAGAAAGCUCGGAGCAGGGACCGGUCAGGCUCUCCGUCCGCUCACUCCAAGGAGAAAAAGAAGAAACAUUCCAAGAAGAAAAGCAGGUCUCAGUCCAAGUCCAAGAGCAAAAAGAAACACAGGUCUAGAAGCCCCAAGAACAAGCGUGGAUCCAAGGACAAGAAACGCAAGAGGAGCCCCAGCCACUCAUCCCCGCGCAAACAUCGGAGACUCCGCAGUUCCUCCGCUUCCCGGCAUUCCUCUUCGUCCCGGAGUUCCUCACCGCCACGAAGCAGGUCCAGGAGUCCGCGGAUGGUCCCCAAAGCACCCCCAGCGCCUUCCCGGGGCAGCCCCUCGCCCAGGGCAGAUGGGGAGGGCCGGCCAGUGGAGGGGCCAGCUGGGGACUCCUCUCCCCCUCGCGGGGGGCACACGGGCACUCCAGACAAAGCCAGCGGGGUGACCAGGAGCAGCAGCGGGAACUCCGGGCACGGACCGGGCAAGAGCAAGAGGGAGGGCUCCACUGACCACUCGCCAGUCCUCAAGUCCAGGCAGCAGGCAGCAGCAUCACCCCCUUCGGCCAGGGAGGACGGUGGGGGGGACUCGGCGCGUAGCCCCCUCCCCCCGGCCCCCCGCUCCAGGAGAGCUGACGGAAGAGGGACCCAGAAGAGAGGGCCGGAGCCCGCUGGGCGCAGC